AUGGACGUCCACCGAGUCGAACGCAGGGAAUUCAACCUCACUCUCCCCAACGAACUGUGGAUCCGCAUACUCCGCCUUGCUACAUUUGUUUGCGGCAGCCUAGACGUCGACCACGACGAUCCCUUUGACCACGAUGCUAACUUGUGGAAUACUGCUAUCGAAGAGCGAGUCGACACUAUCUUCCCCGAGAUCAGGCGCUCGAAUGCGCGCAAGCUACGGUUCAUGCUUGUUUGCAGACUGUGGCACGAUAUCGUGCAGCCUUUUCUCUACGAGACACUUCACAUCGCGCGUGACAAGGACUGUGCCACAUUGGCUCACACGCUGAAGAGCUCCAUAAUCGCUUCAGAAUCUAGCGAUGUUCCCCACAAACAGUCGUUGGGAGUGUGGACACGACGACUAGACUUAUCGAUGCCCCGCUUCGCUGCCCAGGAUGUCGCGAAGUUCGCCCCCAUCCUCGCUUGUUUGCCUAAUCUCGAGAUUUUGACGAUCAAUCAAAACCAACCGAGAACUCGCCUCUGUGCAGAAUUAUGGGAGCUGCUCACCCUCACCUGCGGCAAGUCAUUGUUGCGAUUGAAUUCCAACAACCCAGAAUUCUUUCGUUGGCAUGCGGAAAGUGAUCGCGGCUCGGCACAGGUCGGAUUUUCCCAGACAGCCAACCGUCUGAGGACAGUGAACCAAGGUCUAUGCUUUACUACCGAGAGAGGCUGUGUGUUUUGUUCGCACAGUCUUCGCCGACUGGUGUCGUGCCUGCUUAAUCCCGGUUUCCCUGCCCCCUGCUCUUGUCCGAAAGACCCUAGUAGUCCCCCUUACCCUGCCCUCACCACCGCUUGUAUGAAGGGUGUCACCCAAAGAGCAAGGGACACUAUGCUCGACAUAUUAGCUGUACAAGGUGCUACUUUGACCACACUCGUUUUGCCAGAUUUCAAGCCAUGGAGGGAUCAUGUGCUUCUAGAUGGUUGCCCAAAUCUUACUCGCAUCAUCAUUACGAUAUGUUGGACAGAAGAUGACAAUAAACGUGCGGAACAUGCUCGUCACUUCGCUCAUAACAUCCCCAUCACCCUCACCCACCUCGGCAUCAUCCUCAACGAUGAUAUAACUACUGAUAUUGGCAGGCCGAUGUGGCUCACCCCAGAGGACCUCAUUUGCUGGCUCGCCAGCUCUGAAUUAGAGAAACGUCCUGAGCCUCUCGGGCUCAAACUUAUACGCUUCUUCGAUCCGGAGCGCUUCUUUCAUACACCAGACCUCGUGAAGGCCGACUCACGGUUCGGUGUCGCCCUUCAAUAUCUGGAGAAACAUGGUAUCCGCGUGGAAGGUUUCGAUGGACAGGAGAUCAAGUGUGUUGAUCAACUGUCAGGCUUUUGGUGA